AUGCCUAUUGCUUCGAAACUUGGAACAAGCAUAGCGCCAACAGGACAAGACGACUCGAAUCCAGAGUCGACAACUGGAGGACCUCAUGUCGAAUUUGUGGUUGCCUCGAUGAAAGGGGACGAUACAUCUUGGUUUAAAAAAUACAUCCCCCGUUGGAAAGCAAACGUUUAUGUCGUCGACGAUGCAUCGGCACCAUUGACGGUGCCGAAGAACAAGGGUCGCGAGGCAAUGGUUUACCUGACCUUGAGAUACCAAUGGCACAAUGACGAUCCACUCUUUGACGGAGUACCACUGAUGCAAUCCUUACAACCCGAAUACAUCCUGUCACAAGGCUACGCCAACCUGCGAUGUGUCUGGUCCCUGGGUUGCCCCGCAGAGAUCCGCCCUCAACAAGCCAACACCCGACCCGAAGGAGAUCAGGCAGGGCAAACGCAAGUCGUAUACGGCGAAGCGUUCAAAGAACUAUUCCCAGGCGAACCAGUCCCUGAUACAGUCGGAGUGGCAUGCUGCGCACAAUUCGCGGCGUCACGCGAAAAGGUUCUCGAGCGUCCGCGCGCAGACUACGAACGCUAUCGCGACUGGGUGCUCAACACGACGCUGGAGGACAGCAUCAGCGGCCGUGUCUUGGAAUAUUCGUGGCAUCAGAUAUUCGGCCGCCCGCCCGUCCACUGUCCAAAUGUACAGGAGUGCUACUGUAAGACUUACGGUCUGUGUAAUUUGGACUGCCCGGAGGACUAUCGUUGCCGGGAAAGGUGGCACUUCCCACCGUCAGCGACUCUGCCUCAGGGGUGGCCGGAAUAUGGUUGGAAAGGCGAGUUUCGCACCCCUGAGCAGUUGGCGGAGAUGCGCCUUGAGGCUAUGGUUCUGUCGUCUUCAGCAGCUGCUGACUCGACUGUCGCUGUUGAGACGGGUUGA